UCGGACGGAUCGAUCGCCGGCUGCUAACUACGACGAACGCAAGCAGGAUCGAGCUAAGCUACCAAAUUAAAGCUACCUGUUUUGAUUUUCACCAGCCGCUGCUAGCCAUGGUUGUUGCCGGCCUGGAAGCUCUCCUCGACCCGACGGCGCUCUCCCUUGCGCUCCCGGCGCCGCCGGCGCUCAACAAGGAGGACUACCUCGCCAUCUGCCUCGCCGCGCUCGCCGGGACCCGCAAGUUCGCCGGGCUCGGGAGCCAGCCCCAGCCCCACGCGCCGCCAGCGCCGCAGCAGGAGACGCCGUUCCGGUGCGCGGUCUGCGGGAAGGCCUUCGCGUCGUACCAGGCGCUCGGGGGGCACAAGUCCAGCCACCGCAAGCCGCCCACGGAGGAGCAGUAUGCCGCCGCCGCCGCCGCGGCGUCCGCGGGUGGCCUCGACGAGACGGCGCCGUCGGGGUCGUCGGGAGGGGCUAACGGCGGCGGGCCGCACCGGUGCACCAUCUGCCGCCGGGGCUUCGCCACGGGCCAGGCGCUCGGCGGGCACAAGCGCUGCCACUACUGGGACGGCAUGUCGGUGUCCGGCUCCGUGUCCGCCGCGUCCGUGUCGGCGUCCGGGACGGGGUCGUCGGGCGUCACCGUGAGGAACUUUGACCUCAACCUGGCGCCUCUGCCGGAGAACGCCGGGAUGAAGAGGUGGGGUGAGGAGGAGGAGGUGCAGAGUCCAUUGCCGAUCAAGAAGCGCAGGAUUUUGAUUGACUGAUGAUCUAUCUCGCGUCCAUCUGUUCAUGUAAAAAGGGAACCAUUGUUUCAUUAACUUGUUAUAAAAUUAGAUCUGUUUUCAACAGAGAUGUGUUUAAUUCAUUGAU